GUUCGACGUCAUUUGCGAUUUGUACGACUUUUCGACCAUGGGGCUUAGCAAACGAGCCAUCAAGCGCGCCAUCCUUCGUGCUCAAGCUUUGGAAGAAGAGAACAAGAAGCACAACGCCCGCGUUGCAGCUGAAGAAGCGUAUAUGUCGAGCAGUGGAAGCAGCGGGUACGAGGAUGAUGUUUCCCCGUCAGCGCGCGUGGAAGAACGGCUGCAUCAUAUCAAAGAAGUACUCGUUGACCAUGCUGCCCACGACCCGCACAAACUGCGUCACAAGAUUACUGAGGUUCUGCAUCCCCACCAUGUUCGCCCUCCCGUCGAGAUCCCAGAGUUCAUUCAAGGGAAGCAAGCGUGUGUUGCCCUUGUUUCGGGAAAGCACAUCCCGUAUACGCACAACAUGGUGACAAACCUCCGAAGGCGGAAGGCCCAGUGGAAGCGUGGGCUGCCUAACAUUGGUGAAGACUCUGAGAAUGCCCUGCCGCCACAGGCAGCACCAGGAGAAGCCACGAAGAUUCACCAGUCGCAAGUGUUGAUAAGCUUGACGAGUUGAUGACGGCUGGGUGGUUGCUCCGUUCCCUCUAUGCGGCACAUACAGUGGUGGCGACACCCAGCGUUACGUAGUGUGCCAUAGCUAACAAACCCAGCAUGAACUGCUGUAAGCGCACUCGGUCCACGGGCAGGGUUCGGUUGAGUGAGGGUUCAUCGAGUCGCGCCGCAGUCGUUGCGCAGCCCUUCCGAGAAAAAUGCUGUGGCCGUCGUCUGCCAGCAAAGCAUUGCAACGAAUAAUUAAUGGAAAUGGGUGAAGAAUCGAGUUAUCCGG